AUGGAGCUAAAUCUGACUGUGCAGUACCCGGAGGGCAUUGUAGUCGAAGAAAAAAGCCAAACAAGGUCGGAAAAUAGACCGUCGGCGGAUAUGGCCACCAUAUAUGACGACGAUGAGCGGCUUUUAGCCCGUAUCGGAUACAAACAGGAAUUAAGACGCGAAUUUUCAAGAUGGUCAACUGUUUCUUAUGCCAUUUCGAUCCUUGGAGUGCUAGGGUCAGUUCCAGCUACCUUCACAUUUCCUCUCGCAGCCGGGGGCCCAGCGGCCGUAGUCUGGUGUUGGUUUAUAGGUUCUUGUAUGGCAAUGUGUGUCGGUAGCUCCGUCGCCGAGCUGGUAUCUGCCUAUCCAACCGCCGGCGGCAUGUACUUUGUCACCAAGCAUGUUGUGCCAAAAGAGCAGGUCGCUAUCUUUGCAUGGAUCCAGGGAUGGUGCAAUCUGCUUGGCCAAACGGCAGGUGUAUCGAGUGUCGCAUACACUGUCAGCCAGAUGCUUCUUGCUUGUGUCAGUAUGAAUUCGACUUAUGAAAGCAGUGGCCGGUACUCGUAUUCACCGACGGCUGCUCAGACAGUACUUGUAUCCAUAGCAUUGCUUUGUGUAAUGGGGAUCAUCUGCUCCCUCACGACAAAGACACUGCAUCGAAUUAUUCUAUGGUUUGCACCAGUCAAUAUCCUUGCAACAAUUGGUAUAUGUACCGCGAUUCUAUAUCUGACACCCGAGAAACAGUCCGCCAAAUGGGUGUUCACUACCGUGACAGAUGGGUCAGGAUGGGGCUCCAAGUCCCUCUCGUUUCUUCUUGGCUUUCUGUCUGUAACAUGGACAAUGACUGACUAUGAUGGAACAACCCAUAUGUCCGAGGAAACUCAUGAUGCUGCCAUUCAGGGACCAAAAGCUAUUCGAACUGCAGUCGUAGUAUCUGGAAUCUUUGGAUGGCUAUUGAAUGUGUCCAUGUGUUUCUGUAUCAAUGAUCUGGACGCCGUAUUGACAAGCCCAACUGGGAUGCCUGCGGCACAGAUAUUUCUCAAUGCAGGUGGUCGAACCGGAGGAACUGUAAUGUGGUUCUUCGUGAUUCUAGUUCAAUUUUUCACUGGAUGCUCUGCCAUGCUGGCCGAUACUCGCAUGACUUAUGCAUUCGCUCGAGACGAAGCUCUGCCAUUUUCCAAAUAUCUCGCCAAAAUUAACGAGAAAACGCAUACUCCAGUGAACGCUGUCUGGUUUGUGGUCUUUUUCAGUACCUUACUCAACCUGAUCGCUAUCGGAUCGACCGAAACGGCAACAGCUAUUUUCAACGUUACCGCGCCAGCUUUGGAUAUCUCAUAUAUCUCCGUGAUCCUUGCUCACCGUAUUUAUAGAAGACGUGUCAGGUUUAUAGAAGGUCCAUAUACUCUUGGACGGUGGGGACCACCUGUGAAUUGGAUCUCUAUAGCAUGGGUUGUGUUUAUCAGCCUUAUCCUGUUCUUUCCUCCCACAAGACCGAUUACAGCAGCGAAUAUGAACUAUGCUAUAUGCGUAGCCGCCUUCAUUGCCAUCUUCUCUCUAUCAUGGUGGUGGCUAUCCGCAAGAAACAAAUAUAUCGGUCCUCGUACCAAGGAGCUGCUGCAAUCCGUCCCGGAAGAUGAUUAUGAGGAUUUCGAUCGAUCGAACUCGGACGAUGCGUGA